AGUAUUUUUAUGUAAAAGAAAUAUUUUUUAUAAUAUAUAAUAAACAAAUAAGAACAUUCAAAAUAUCUAAAGAACAUAUAUAGUGUAUUUAAAUAGUAAUAAAUGAGAUAGUGAUAAAAUAAACAAUAGAGAAAAUUAGAAACAACUGAAAAGAAGUGCAAGAAAAAAAAAGAAAUAUUGCGGCUGCACUGUGACGUACAUAACACAAACAAUACAUAAGUACAUGAAAAAAAUGGCGCCUACUACCUGCUAAAAAUAAAGAAAUAUUUUAUGUAGUGUCGAAGAUUUAUGAAAAAUAAUAGAAAUUGAUAUUGAAAUAAAGCAAAUAAUUAACAAAAAAUAAUUUGACAAACUAAACAUAACCUCAACAGUCAACAAAAUGUCUGAAAACACUGAGGAGUUUUCAAGUAACGCCUUAGUGGUAAUAAACAAUGAAUUCACGAGUACCCCCAUUGGAUUGACAAAAAGCGCAUCCAGUACAACUAAUGAUGUAGACAUCACGCCACGUAUUCUUUGCAAUGAAUUAAUCGUAGAUCCCCAUAAAAGCAAAUCAUUGGAAAAGCUAGAUGAAUUAUCCUCAUUGGAGCGAGAGAUUGCUAAAAUGCACCAUGUGGAUGAUCCAAACUUGGACUUAGACGAUGCUUUAUUAUCAUCAACGAGUGCUACACAUGGCGAGAACCAAAUACAGAUAGCAACAAAUUUAAAAUCAUGUACAGGAGAAAGUGAUUUAUCUAAUGGAAAAAAUGCCAGCAUUGUGGUUGGAUGUCAAGAAACAAAUCUAGAGGAUAAGCUAGAUGCUAUAACCUCUGGCGAAACCGCCCUAGAACAUGAAGAUCUCAUAGCAGUUCUGAAAGGUCUUGAUGGUAACGCCGAUGAUACACAUAACAUCAGCGGAUCUGGAGAUUCGAUUAUAGAAGAAGGUGUAACAAUAGAGGGCGAGGGAGAGUAUCAAAUUAUGGAAGUUAUUGAUGAAGAUUCAAACACCACCGAAGAUACUACAAAACCAGAUAUUGCUGUCGCUGCCAACACCUCCAGCUCUAGCUCCACCACCACUCCUACAACUCAAACUCUCAACAAAACGAAAACAUUCGGUUCAACUGCACUAACAGCCCAAGAGGAAAGAGCUUUAGCCUUGGAACAAAUGGAGUGUUUAAAAACAGCACAUCGCAGACGUAAGCAAGAUAUUAAACCAAUCAAACAAAUAGACCCUGCUUUGGAUUUGGUAUCUACCUUAGAAGCUGAUUGGAGUGAAAAUGAUGACGAAUUAGUUAGCGAAACCUCAACCACUGAAUCUAAACCCAAACUUUCAACUACGAAUACUAAAGUUGUCGCAUCCGCCACAAUAUCUAAAGCAACAGGCGAGAAUAAAACAAAUUCGGCUUUAAUAACUAGUGUUGUUGUGUUACCCUCAGUUACCGCUAUAGCGACUAGUACAACCACAUCUGCUGCUUCUACAACUCCUCCAAUGUCAGAUGUCAACGUUAGCCCUGCUAAUAAAAAUAGUAGCACUGCAGAAGACAUAAAUACAACAAAAUCAUUGCCAGUAGAGGGUGCCGUCAAUACAAAAUCCGAAGAAGAAACACAGGUUGUUCCAUCACAAACAGGAUUUCGAAGAACUCGCAUAAUUAAAAGAAAAAUUAUUUGGGAUCCUGAUGCACCGGAAACAACAUUUUCCUAUGCUAAACUUGUCAAGUCAAAUAACAACACUAAAACGAAAACUGAGCCAACUAUAAAGACUUCAAUUACAAAGGGUUCCACAACUAUAACACAGAUAAAAAAAGAAACAUUACCAAAGGCUGCAACCGUGACGACAACGUCUACAACUGCUACAAAGAAAACACAAAGGCCAACAACACCGAAAGUUAAAAAAUCCGCCUCAAACAUAAAUAUUGAGAAAACAAGCUCGAUAACUGCGGAGAGCACCGGAUUAGCAAAAACUACUGAGGAAAAAGAAGUCAUCAAAUCGAAUAAUAAAACUGAGGAAGUUGAAACUAAGGCAUCACCGAGUUUAGAAACAAAAUCUUCAUCUUCAACAACUUCUCCUGCUAAACGACGUUCACAAACACCAGUUGCAAAUAGUCCCGGGAACAGUCCGGGCUGCAGUGUAGGCGUUAGGAAAAGAAAAAACAACGAACUUGAUCGUCUAAUGGGAGAUGAGGGGGCUGUAAAUAUGCUUAACUCAUUGGAGAAAUUGGAGGCCACCCUAGGGGCUGGUGAAGCAAAAUCGACUAGACCGCUGAUGCGAAGCCGUGCAGCUACCAUAUGUGAAAAGUUGCCGCGCAAGGAAACCACAUCACCUGGCCGCAGAACUCCAACACCAACAGGUACAAAUCAACAACAAAGCAACAAGACUAAACGGACACCUAAAUCUCGUGCUUCAUCCUCUUGGGACUAUGUCUACAAGAAAAAGAAACAGGAUUUCGAUGAUUCAUUGAUUAUACGCCGACGUUCAAAUAGUUCAUAUUCCAGUACAACCUCACUAAAUCGUUCCAGUUUAGAUGGGCCGCCAGCCACAGUUUCCAAUAAUAACACAAGCAAUUCUUCAACAAAAUCCAAUGAUUCAAUUUCAUUACCACCCGCCACUACAAGUGACAAUGAAUUGUCCAAAACUCCUCCCUCUACGUCAAGUAACAAUAAAAGCUCUGGCAGCUCGAAAAUACGUUCAACGCCGACGCCACCAGCAGCAACAGCAUCUGGCGGCAAAUCAUUUGAAUUUGCUAAACCCGAAAGUAAAAAAUCCCAAAAACGUACAAAAAGUCCUGCUGCUACUCUAACCAAUGAUAUGAAAAAAGCUGCGCCGGUCGCUAGCAGGCGUAAUGCUCGUAGUCCUGCAAAUUCUAGUGAGGAUAAGGUCAAGGAUGUCGUUAAAACGCCACACGCAAAAUCACCCAACAAUUUAAAGGACAAGAAGGAUACAUCAUCGCCAAUUUCAGAUGUUGUGGUUAAAAAAUCCUCUAAGGUUGCUCAAAUUCUUUUCAGUACCAACAAGGCCAAAUUAAACAAUACAUUUACCAUUCAGAUGUUAAAUAAAUUGGUAGACAUUCUUGAUAGAUUGGCUUCGGAUCCAGAUUGCUAUGUCGUCGUUAUUGGCACAAAUGAUGCACACUUUUGUCAAGGUAUUGAUAUAACCGAUUUGACAACGAUUGCGGCUGAUAAACGUAAAAAUUAUGCUGUUAAUCUGGCCACAUCUGUUAAAAAUUAUUUAAAGACCCUAGCAACCUACCCGAAACCACUUAUAGCUGGAGUCAAUGGAAACCUUAUGAAUUUGGGUGUUAUACAAUUGGCUUUAUUUGAUGUUGUAAUAGCAAGUGACAAAACCACCUUUGAAACGCCAUACGCUAAAAUGGGACAAGUACCAGAGGGUUAUUGCAUUUGGAAUAAUAUGAAUAAAAUACGAGGAUCUUUCAAAACAAAAUUAUUUUGGUUGUGUGAAAGAAUACAAUCUACUGAAGCAGCCUUAGCUGGGCUAGUCAAUAAAUUAACAGCUGCCAACAAAGUAAAUGAUGAUGCCUUUGCAACAGCGAAAAGAAUUGCCUCCUUAUCUGCUGAGUCUUAUCGCGGUAUGAAAAAGACUGUUAUAAAUAGCCAUUUGGAUGUAAUUGUAAGCUCUUUGGACGAGGAAUUCGAUACAAUUAUAAAACAGUGGACAUCAAGUGAAUGUUUAGAGAAUUUAAAGAAGUUUCUUGGACAUAAUUGAUCAUAUUAAAAUAUCUAUUUUUUAAUCUAUUUUUGUUUCUAUUUGUUUUAGUAUUACUUCAAAAUAAUUGCGAUUACAUAUCAAUAAUAUAUGUAAAAUUUUCAAAUAAGUUUACAUUUCACUAUUUUCUUUAUUUUUUUUUUAACAAAAUUUUGUUUUCCAAAUUGAAGUUAUAUACAACAUACGUAUAAAUUAGUUUAUAUUUAGUUUUUAAUUUGUGGCUUAUUAUGAAGAAUUUGAAAAAUUAUAAUUUGACACUUUUUUAUGUAGCAAUAAAAAAAAUAUAAUUUUGAACAAAUAAAA